CUUCUCUCUCCCGCUCCUUCCCCUUCUCCUCAUCGUGGUCGGAGAUCGCAGAAGAAAUCGCGCCUGGAGCGGCCGGAGAGAGUCCUCCUCCACCGUCUUCCUUCCUCUGCGAUCCCUGUCCUUUCCGAUUCAUCCCUCGCAUUUCCUCGUCCGAUUCGAAGCGCGGAAGAGUGAGGCAUGAUUCCAAGGACGCCGCCUCCUCAGUGAUCCCUAAUUUCUCCGAAGCCUUGGACCAUGUCUUCACCGUCGUCCGCAUCAGUGCCUUUUUCACCAGCGCCGAAGAGAUUUUUUAAGACGCCGGAAGGCCGCUACGACCAAAUCCAUGAGAAGACAUACCCAGCCUCCGCCCUACACUGCACCCAUAGCAAGUCGGUGUCCCAGUUGACAAUUGCGUGCCUUAAGGAGAAACCAAUGGCGGAACAAAGCCAGGCGGCUCCGUUAGCAUCAAAUUCAGGAUCGAGGUCUGUGGCUUCCAGAUUUUUAGGGGUCGCCAAUGGGGGUCGGUCGCUAAGCCUUGUCGUCGGAAAUGGUAUCGGUAGAGUAGCAUUGGCCAACUGCCGGACCGCUGGGUUUGAUGAGGAAGCUGUGGAAUCGAGUACCUCGACUGAAUUGCCAAAUUAUGGUGGAGGCGGGACGUUCUUAAUUUACAAUGUUGCAGACACUUUGUUUGUCAGUGACCUCAAUUUGAAAGAGAAGGAUCCCAUCAAGGCUAUCCAAUUCAGCAAUUCAAGCCCUGUUUGCCAUGCAUUUGAUGCCGAGGCAGAUGAUGGGUAUGAUUUGCUCCUCGGGCUGCAUUGUGGAGAUGUCUACUUGGUAUCGCUGAGGCAACAAUUACAGGAUACAGGAAGGAAGAUGGUGGCAGCUCAACAUUAUUUCUAUUAUAAUAUGGAUGGAGCAACUAAUAACAGCCGGUGCAUUUGCGUGGCAUGGGUACCUGGACGUAUAGGUACUUUUGUUGUUGGUCAUGCAGACGGUAAUAUAUAUGUAUACGAAAAGAACAAGGAAGGAACUUCUGAUAGCUCAUUUCCUGUAAUCAAGGAUCAAACUCAGUUUUCUAUUUCUCACACACGCUCAAGUAAGAGCAAUCCAGUUGCUAGAUGGCAUGUUUGUCAUGGUCCAGUAAACAGCAUAUCAUUCUCAGCUGAUGGAGCUUGUAUGGCCACUGUCGGUAGAGAUGGUUGUUUAAGAGUAUUUGAUUUUGCCAAAGAGCUUCUAUUAUUCGGAGGGAAAAGUUAUUAUGGUGCCUUGCUAUGUUCUGCCUGGAGUUCUGAUGGAAAAUACAUAUUGACCGGAGGUGAAGAUGAUCUCGUGCAAAUUUGGAGUACAGAGGAGCAAAAGAUAGUAGCCUGGGGAGAAGGGCAUAAUUCAUGGAUAAGUGGAGUUGCUUUUGAUUCAUAUUUGCAAGCGCCAAAUUCAGAAGAGGCAGAACAAAACGUAGUCUAUCGUUUUGGCUCUGUAGGCCAGGUGUCAAAAUACCAUCUGUUUCGGGAUGCAUACAACAACCCGAUAGAGUUCCGGUACUUUGACAGUUUCACCUAGAUGAUACUCACCAUCAAAAAUGAAACCAGCCAUUAACUUUCUAAUUCUAUUGUGUUUUUUUUUUUUUGACAAUUCAUUAGAUAUUAAUUAUUGAGGGGGAGUUUUAAUGCAAUGGUAAAGUUAUUGUCGUGUGGCCUCGUGGAAAUAGUCUUUUGCAAUGUAGGAUCAGACUGUGUAUAAUAGGGAUUUACCGUCUCCGAAGAGAUUGUGACACCAUUAUCAUCGAACCCCAUCCGUAUGGGAUGGUAUGGGAUGACAUAAAAACCACGGACUUUUAGGAGAUUGGUGAGAGCUAGGAAAAUGAAGUUAGUCAAAGCUCAACUUGAAUAUAGCCCCCCAUUGAAGUACUUACAGGGUUUUGCAUACUGUGUAUCGGACAUCCUCAUGUUCAUUCUUGUAUGGGUGCAUUGCAAUAAAUCCUCUAUCCCCGUAUUAUACCAUGUCCGUCACAUGCUCGCUCGGAUGUUGCGAUUUACCUCCCUCGUGAUGACCUUAGGUCGGAUACGACGGGGGCGCUGGGGGCGAGCGUUUCGCCUUUUGCCACAAUUGUAUGGGUGCAUUGCAGACCUAUGGUCUGAAUUCCCACGGGUUGCGGAAUGAAAUAUGGAGACUUGCUCCAAUCCCACAAUAAGAGGAUUUCUCGAUGACUUGAACUUAAUCUCUUUGAUCUUGAAUAUUCGACCU